UCUGGUCCGAUUCUGGUUUUUGUCCUGGUGUAAGAUGUGUGUGUGCUUUUCUUUCUUUUGGGGGUAAACGAACCGGUCUUUGAAAUUACUGCUGCUUUCUCCCAAAGGGACGUUUUAUCCUGAAAGUCCGGACCGGAAGCUCUGUCGAAGCUGCCAGUCGUGUGACUCUGAGGUUCAGCAGAUAAACAAGUGUUUGGGCUGCUGGUUCUGCUCCGGUUCUGCUGCUUCCAUGCAACUCCAGACAUGGCAGAGAGACAACAGGAGCACGAGGUGGAGGAGGCCGACCAGAUCUACCUGCUCAUGAAGGAGGACUACCGCAUCUCCAGGAAUGUGCGUCUGGCCUGGUUCCUCAGCAAGCUGAAUCAAAGCAUCAGGCCGGCCUCCCCGUCUGAACUGCAAACCUCUGAGAAUGAGCUGGACCUGAUAGCUGUCCAUCCCAAGGGAUGGCAGCCAGAAUCCCCCCCCACCACAGACCCCUGCACGUUGAUGCCGUCCACCCGGGCAACCUUUCUGGCCCGCCGGUACCGCUUCAUCAUAGAGCUGGACCUCAGCCCUUCCACAGGGAUUGUGGAUGACAGCACAGGAGAGAUGAUCUUUGAUGAAGUCUUUCACGCAUUGUCCAAGUGCCUGGCUGGGCUGGCUCAACCCUUCAAAGUUCCUGGAACAGAUCAGCUUUUCAGGCCCAAGAUCUUUAUCACCAUUCUGGUUUAUUCCUCAAUUAUUGGUCUCACUUCACCCCAGGUUCUGGUGCAGGGCUGUCAGCUCGAUAAAACCAAUCUGAAGGAGUUUGUUCUUCAGAUCUACCAACAGCUCAGAAAUCUGGAGAGCAACACGGCAAAGGUUCUGCAUCAGCAACGGCAACAGAUGGUGGAACCAGGACUGGGACUGAGCAGCAGCGUGGAGGACCAACCCCCCAGGAAUCAGGGGAUGUCGGUGGUGUCUGCCGAUAUGGGGCUGGUCAGCAUGGUUCGCCAAGGGAUCCUGGCCCUCCAGCUGCUGCCUCCUAACUCCAGUGCAGGCAUCAUCAUCAUCACUGACGGUGUGACCAGCGUUCCUGAUGUGGGCGUGUGCGAAACGCUGCUGAACCAGCUGAGGAGUGGAACCAUCACAUGUUCCUUUGUGCAGGUAUGCAGAAGCUGAAAUGAAUAACGUGUGGAGGGAACUCCUUUUGUUCAGAUGGAGGCAACUUCUGGCUAGAACUUCUCAGGAUGUUUAGUCGUCCUUUAAGCUGUGGACUCUUUAGGGUCGGUCUUAUUGUAAUGAGGCAUCAUUCAUGUCGAUUUAGUUUCCCAAGACAAACUCUUCAAUGAGCACCUGGUGUCGGCCAGCGGUAACCCCGCCCUGGUGAUGAGGAGAAAGAAGCACACAGAGAAAGAGGUCCACGCUCAUCUGAUCAGUGCGGUGUCCGUGAGGCUGAGGGAAGGCUACACCGUCAGAGACAUCAGCCUCACCAAAGGUGGAACCCAGCUGGAGGUGAAGCUGGCUUUGCUGUGGAAACACAACAUGCAUAUAGAGUACCUAGCAGCCGCCACCUGGCCAUUGGACCCAUCCAACAGGAGCACUAAGGUGGAGGUAACCAUGGAAGGCAGCUACGACAUCCUGCACGAUAUCAGCUGCACGCAGCGGAAGCCCAUCACCAGCCCGUACCGCACCUCUGUCAUCCGCCGCUUCUGGAACACGCUUCAGAGCAUCAACCAAACUGACCAGAUGUUGGUGCAUCUGCAGUCCUUCAAUUCCAUCCCGGAGAAUUACACCAUUCCAGAGAGCACCAAAAAUGGAGUCCCUCUGUUCUACAUCCCUCCUGGCUCCACCACCCCGGUUCUGUCUUUGCAGCACGGUGGAUCCAAAGACCCGUCUCAGUCCCAGUUUGCAUCCUACUGGAAACCCAUCCUCUCUAUGGACACCAACUUCUGGCAGAGAUGGUUUCACAUGCACCGCAUCGCUAUCAUCCUUGAACAUGACUUGCCUGUCCCUAAACAUCUGCACACAGCUGGUAACAACGGCCGCUACAGCACCAUCCAGUGCCGGAUCUCCCACUCUGCCCUCACAUCCCUGUUGAGGGACUGCAGCAGCUUUGUGUUGGUAGAAGGUUACUCUUACGUGAAGCUCAUUUACAGUCAGUCGGAUCAGGUCCCCUCGUCGUUUUACCUGGUACGCCUGAUCUCCAAGACUCCCUGCAUGGUUCUGCGUCUGGGCUUCCCUAUUGGGACACCGGCGAGCAUUCGAAACAAGAUUGUAGAAGAGCUGCGGGAGCAGAUCCUAAAGCUUCGCUUCCCUCACCGUGUUCAGAGCAAGGAAGCAACUCCAAAGACCAAGAGGAAGACGGGGGGACAUGUGUCUCCAUCUAAAGCCCCCUUGGUUCAAGUGACCAAGCCUGCCCUGUCUGACAGACCUUGUGUGGUGCUCCUCAAUAAGCCUCUGGAGAAGUUGCUUAUAAGGUAUGACAAGCUGCCGCUGGACUUCAGGACUCCCUUCAUCUUCAGCAUGGAGAAUUUCCCGGUGCCUUUUAACAGCACUGUGCCUCUUAGCAUAGCAGCCAACCGGACAGCCUCCUCCACCCUGGCCUCGCUGUCGCGCUACUUCCUCCACAGGCGCUGGGUGUGGGCCGUGCAGAGCAGCCAGGGGGCAGCGGUGACCACGCAGGCCAUCGCUCACAUCCUUUCCAUGCUCUCAGAGAUUCGUCUGUCAGAAGGUUUUCACUUUGCUGCCAGUGGGGAGGGCAUUGUUAACAUGGUGGUUGAGCUGCCUAUGAAGAUCUCAGGAGACGACCCAGACCAGGAAGGACACUCCUGCAUCGUUCAGUACAUUUUGUUUCCUCCUCACUCCCCCUCCAGUAAGGACAGCUUCUCUACCGACGACGACAACGACACGGAGGUGGAAGCUGUGGACAUAGACAUGGAGCUGAACCUGGUAACGGAAUGCUGGGUGGAACCUCAGAGUGGCUCAGUGCUGAACUGCACGGACCAGCACCGACACUUCCAGGGCCUUGAAUACCAGGACAUUCCACUAGCGAUUUUCCCCAGGGACCUGGCCUGCAUGUCCACCAUGAUGACCUUUGAGUAUUUGAACCAUCUUUGCCUUAACAAGGAGCAGGUCUGCUCACUACCUUCUGCACAAAGGGUGGAGCAAGCAGAAGUCUCAACGCUGGAGGAUAGCAUCCAGAUGGUUCCCUUCCAGUUUGAUCUCAUACAUCUUCUUCCAAACUGCCAGCAGGUUGAACUCUUCUUCCUAACAUUCACUGCAGAUAUAGAAAAUGAAGAUCUGGGUCAACAGCCCCCCACCCUUCCCAAUGAGCUACUGCUCAGCCUCUUCCACAGCAGCCUGGAGCAGGAGCUUAGUGACAGAGAGGUGCCGCUGGCUGCAGCUGACCACGCUGCCUUCACCGACCAUGUUGUGGAGCGUGAACGAGACGGACACGCCGCUCCUUUUUCGCUGUCGCUGGUUAAAGAGCGAAGAGACACAGCCGACAGUAGCAAGGAGGUGAUGGGAUCUACAAGCACCUUACAGAGCUUCAGCAAUGCAGAGCUUGUUGAUGAGGAGCCUCUGUUCAGAGAGAGGGCUUCCUCUGUCCCACAGUGGAGGUGCUACGCCAAGUACAUCAGCUCCCAGCAGCUUUUCCUCACCUUCCUGCCUGCUACCUUCACAGAUGUCCUGAUGCUUAUGGCAUCAGGAGCUGAGCCUGGAGGUAUGGUCAGCACACAAGAGGACGAUACUCUGACUCCCAGCAACAAGUCUCAAGAAGACUCUCUGUCAGGUUCCACCAGUGGACCCGACAGGUCAGAGUCCACCCUGACCUACCUGGUCUCUAAGCUGUGCAGGAGCUCUAGCUGUGGGAACAUCUCGGCCAGGUCCUCCCUCAUUACAUCCCCAUCUGAGAGUCACACUGAGCCUGAGGACUUGUCGCCUGUUUACGCGGACAGCAGGCAGUCAGAGGUGGAGGCUGGGACACCGGGCUCAGAACCUGGGGGAAAAGAAGCGGUCCAAUUUUCCGAACCAAAGAAAGAAAAGUUGACCUUUGGUUUCAGCAGGCAGGUGUCCCAGCAGAGCACCUCCAGCAGCGGCCAGUUGAGGUGUCCACUUUAUGUGUACAACUGCUCACUGGAGAACCUAAAGGAGCAACUGGUGCACCCCAACUCCCGCUGCCAGCCCAAGGACAUCUUCCUCAGACACCGUGCCGUCUCUGUGCUCCCUGAUGAGGCAGAGUCCGGGCAGAUCAUGUCCUGCUUGGAGAACCCAGAGCACCUCCAGAUGGUGGACCUGACGGAGCUCUCAGUGACCCUGGACGUGUUCGUUUUGACCCUUCCCCUGGAGAUAGAGCUCAUGGCCGAUUACCACCACAACAGGUACACCUCAGAGAGCAGCGUCUCCCUGAGCCGAUCUCCGGGCCUGCCCUCCUCUUACCGCUCUGAUGACGAGCAGAUGGCGGCGCUGGACGGCCUCAGAGGGUCUGGGACAGAGAGAGUCUCUGGGGAUCCCUUGUCUAAGUUCCCACUUGCCCACAGACUGGCGGUUCUGUCCACGCUGGAUGAGAUCCGCUGGCUGCUGGAAGACGAAAUCGUUUCCGCUCUGCGUCACUCCCGGGUCAUCGCCUCGGCAACCCUGAACAAAGUGGCCGAGCAUGUGUUCCAGUCCAACGGACGGCCGCACUGCCACUGUGAGGAGGUUCCCCUGCAGUUUGUCUUUGGGCCGGAACAGUCACUGGAAAAGUUCAAAGAGGCUGCCUUCCAUCUUCAUGCAGAUCCUUUCAAGGAGCCUUCUACUGCUGCUACAUCAGAGGCUGGAGAAACGGCUGGAGCCAAGAAGCUGGACUCGGCAGACGUGGCGAGCUCGAGCCCCCCCCAGCCCGAGUCCACUUCUCCCCCAAAGACGGCCUCCAGCGUUAGCCUGGCCGAGUCCUCUCACAGCUGCAGCAGAACCAGGCCCAGUCGUGUCCAGAGCGUCGUGUCCAGCCAGGGAAGUCUGGACUCAGACAUGCAGGGCUACGAUGGCGGCAGCAGCGACUCAGAGUGUGAGAGUCCAACCUCUGACGAGCAGGAGGCCCGCUCCCCUUCAAUGCCAGACUUCUGGCUCAUCGUCAGGAUCCAUCUGGACCGAGUGAAGGUCUAUUCCCAUGCCAGGUCGAUGAGCGAAGGCAAACAGCUGUGUGCUGAGGAGCUAGGCGGGAAAGAGGAGGAGCAGGAGCUGCCGGAGUUCCUGGAGCUGCAUCAGACCAUGGUCAGGAGGAUCGGCGAAGUGUGCCGCGUCGUCAACCAGCGCAUGCUGCUCCAAGACCUGCAUGACAGCCAUAUCUGUCACACGCUGCUGGUGGCUGAGAGCGAGGAGGACAUCUGGAAGAAUGACUCCCUCUUCAGGCAGAGGCAGAACACCUCUGAUGACUAUGGUACAGAGGAGAGCUACCAGGCCAGAGACUACCUGGCUGCCACCAUGCACUUCAUCCCUGGACACUUUGCCUGUGACGUGGUGUGGAGCACAGUCAUCCACAUCCAUCCACGACUGAAGAUGGGACCCAACAUGGGGGUGUCCAGAGGUCCAGAGAUCACAGAUGAGCUGGUCAAGUUGCUUCGGAAGCGUCUGGAUGAAACCACCUUGGACAUAAUCACAGUCAUGCUGGUUAGGAACUGUAAGCUGACUCCUGCUGAUGUGGAGUUUAUCCAGCCCUCAGGAUCGCCUGCCACUGGGAUAAUGACCUUCGUCCUGCCACAGUACUGCCUCUCCUGGCUGUCUACCAUAGCCCACUACCUCAGGCAGAACCUCCUGAUCUUCCUGCAUGUACCAAAGUAUACUGACAGCAACACAGCACAUCACUUCAAGCAUUACUUUCCUCUGAGUGGCGACUCGGCUGACUCUGAUAUAUACCUCUACAACAAGCCUGGAGGCCAGGGCACAGGAGGAAAGGGUAUUGCCUGCAUUGCCUUGUCCUUUGUGGAUGCUGAAGGGCAAGCCCUCCAGGCUGCAGCUCAGAGCAGCCCCCCCACACCCAGAAGUGAGCCCUGCCCCAUUCCUUUCCACCCUGAACAUUUUGAGGAGCUGACAACCGUGAUGAAAGCAGAAAACAUCAGCUCCAGAUCAGCCCAGCUUUAUGUGCGCUUUGACAUUUGGGAGCAAGGGAACAUCAGCCCCUUACAGCUGAGCGAUAAACUGCAGGGGGCGCUGCGCCAUGCGCUCUGUGACGCCAUCAUGGAGCUUAGGGUCCUUCCCAAUCCUCUCUGUGUUGGUGUCCAGAGAGAAGAAACUAAAGGAGCCUCUCUGGCGGAGGUGAAAGAAAGCAGAGACAGCCCCAGGCAGCGCAGCGGCUCACGGGCCUUUAAGGUCUGCCCCUCUCCCAUCAGCCUGACCCAGCCUGCCGGCAGCAACCCGCUGACCGGUACCGGCACCUCAGAGUCCACCACGCCCACCGGUAAAAGCACCCGCCGCAGCUUCUGGGACAUACUGAGCAAACCCGACUCGGCAGAACUUGGCAUCCCCAAGACCACGGAUGACAUCAUCCAAGAGAAAGGGGAGGAGGGGCGGGCGGCGCGGCGCAGACACAAGACGGAGAACGUGAAGCAGCAGUGGAGUCAGGAGAGGGCGGCGGAGCUGGAGCAGGCUCAGAGGAGGCAGCUGCAGGAGGGCGACACCGGCACCCUACACCCCGUCUACCAGGACUGCUGCCAGGCAUGGAUCAGCUUCAUGGCCAAACUUGGCUGCCCCUCCAUCCAGCAGUGCACGGCCGGCAUUGCCUCCAACUUCCUGCUGCCCUCCAUCCUGACGGAGAUCUCCAACCUGGUCAGCUCUCUGGCCGCUGACACCACGGUGAAAUCCUUUGAGAGGACCAGCUCUCCCUCUGGAGAUGUGUUCGUCCCCGUCCUCCUGGUCCAGCAGCUCAGCCACCCUCCAGACGCCAAACGCAGCUUCAUUCUCAUUGGACGAAACUUCCACCAGUGGCACUGCUGCACAGAGCCAGACGACAGUUCAGAUGAGGAAAGCUGCGCAGGGCUAAAUAGGUUCACACCUCUGAAAGGCUUCCAGCGCUUCGAGGCCCCGGAGCAGAGCGACUCCCUCAGUCCUAGCCAGGCCGAGGCAGGACAGGCCCCCAGGCAGAGGUUCCUGUUCAUCAGCAUCCAGGACAAAAGGGUGACUCUGUUCAGCUAUAACUGGUCCGUGGAUCUAGGCGCCGCCCUGAACCGCGACUUGGUGCGUCUGGUGAAGUGGCAGAACGCCAGGGCUCACGUUGUCCACUGCCUGUUCAACCAGAAGAUGGGCCUCUUCCAUCACUUCUGCUUCUCCGACGCACCGCUGCAUGAACUGGACUCCAAGCUGGAUCCAAACCCGUUCCUGGGCCCCUCCAUGGAGCCCGACGCCCUGCUGCGGAGCGCCGUGGCCCCAUCCCCCAGCAAGGAGCAGGGGAGGCUGGGCGGUUCUGGCCGCAGUCUGGCUCCGCUCCAUUUCCCCUCAGAGCUGCUGCCCUUCGACGAGGCUCUGAGGGACGUCUGCACCAUCAGGCCCCUGAUGGAAGGAGACGCUGUGCUUCGACACGGGAACCAGCUUCUGGAGAUCAAGGCUGCCGAGCGCAGAGAGAUGGAGAAGCAGAUGAAGAUAGAAAACCUGUUUGUGACGUGGCAGCAGAGGUCGGCCCAAUCUAACAUGCCCAUAUCUGGGACCGACCUGGACACUCUGAAGCAGUCCUCCAGGCUGGUCCACUACUGCGCCACCCCGCUUCUGUUUGACCCGGGCUUCAGGAAGCAGAUCCAGGAGGAACCGGGCUUUGAGCCCGUGGUGAAGAAACGCCAUCGUUCCAGCGACUCCACUGCGUCGGGCCGAGAUCGGAGCUGCAGCACGGAUUCGGCCGACAUGCUUCCCAGCCGGCUGAAGGAGGAGCCGUGGCUGCUGGAGAUCUCCAACACCUUCCUUCAGCAGUACGUCCAGUACCUGCAGAGCAUGGGCUUCAUCCUGGUCCAAGUCCGGCCUCCAUCUCCUGCUCGCAGCGUUGCCAGGGCGCGCGCCGCACUGCUCAGCUCCAUGUCGCUGGAGGGAAGGAUGUCUUUCUCCUACGUGAAGCAGAAGAGUGAGGACAACCCUAAGGCGUCAGCGGCUGGCACCGCCUCCUAUCACCUCCAGAGGGCGCUGCCAGGAGGGAUCGUGCUGAUGGAGCUGGCCUUUCAGGGAUCCUACUUCUGUGUCAAGCAGUACGCGCUGGAGUGUUCCCGCAUCCCCAUGGGUCAGACGGUCAACUCCCAGGGCACCCUCCUCACCAAACCUCGUUGCAAGCCGUUUCCAGACGCCGCCCCAGUGUGUGACUGUGCGCUGUCCAUGCUCUUCACUGAGGAGUGCGAUAAGGUUCGGGACCUGAUGCACGUCCACUCCUUCAGCUACGACUUCCACCUGCGGGUCGCUCACCAGUACUUGGUCGGGUGCCACAUGACGCUUCGACAGGGCUACCAGCUCACAGACUUCCUGGAUGACUUCAUCUGCCAUUACCCGGAUAUUCCCAAGUUUGGCCGCAAUCACGUCUUUCAAGGAAGCUUCUCGGUCUCCACGGCGAUGAUAACAGCCCACCAGCUCUACAACUACAUCAUCGACCACGCCAGCACGUACAACAUGAAGCCUCUCCGCAUGUCCAAGGCCGCAGCCGCUGCUGACAGCAGAAAGGGGAUGGCAGACCUGCAUGAGUACGCGCUGGUGGCUCUGUGGAACAGUUCUGGCUCCUACAAAGACCUGGAGGGCCUCCACCACCACGACGACUUUGACGUGUCUCUGGUGGUCUGCCAUAAUGCUGCUCCUUUCGAGGAGCAGUCUGAUGGGGAGAGGCAUUUGCUGAGGCUACGGUUCUACGUCAUCAUGACCAGUCAGAGGGAGCUGUUCCCCCAUCUCACCGCAGACAUGCGGCGCUUCAAGAAGCUGCCACAGAUCUACCGGGAUCCCAACGAGCAGGGCGGUCGCCCCCCCCGGGAACGAGCAGAGAGCAGCAGCUCAAAUGGAGAAGGCCAAGACCUCUGGGAGGAGAGGACCUCUGAAGGUGCUGCCAUCUCGGCUCCCAGCGACGGCAACGAGUUUUAUCCUCUGACAGGAGGACGGCCAGGGACCCAGGGGCUGCUGUACGGCUCCCCUCUGUUCCCUCUGCUCAAUAACGAGGUGGCUUCAGCCCGCAAACAGAUCCAGGCCAGCGUGGAGCAGGCCAUGGGUCACUGCCGCCGAGACAACCUGUGGAGGAGGCUGUUCCAUGGAGACCAUGUGGCCCUGGACAAGCUGAAGCUGGCCAGGCUGUCCUUCACAGAGCUGGAGGAGCUGCUGCAGGCGGUUCAGAGUCACUCAGUGGGGGACAUCGACCCCCAGCUGGAUUAUUUCCUCAACAUGAGUCCAAUGUGGUACCAGAGCCUGAUCAAAGUCCUGUUGACCCGAUUCCCUCAGAGCUGCAGACACUUUGAUGAUAACGGCGUCCAGUAUCUGGCGGUUCUGAACCAGAAGUUCACAGACUGCUUUGUGUUGGUCUUCCUGGACAUCCAAGCAGGAAAAACUAGCCUGAAGGUUGUUUUCCGAGAGCCGCUGCCGUCUCAGCCUCAGGCCAGCAGCAGUCCUCCUCCUCAGCUGGUGUCCAUGUACCACCACCUGGAGUCCGUCAUCAACACGGCCUGCUACAACCUGUGGACUGGACUGCUGUAGAGCUGAGCCCAGCCGUGCCGCUCAGGUUCACCCAUGACUGAUUGACCAGGGGGCGCUUGGAGUGAGCUGAGGUGUUCCAGGUUUGAUGGUCCGACUUCCAGCUCUGCUGCAGUGCCUUGCUCUGCUGGUUCUGUUCUGAAGGAAACCGGCUCUACAUGACGGUGGUGUUAGGAGGUCUGCAGGAGCCAACAGCAGCUCCAGGUUAUGGACGUCCUGUUUGCCGCUUAUCCCGAUGGCUGGAACCAUGAAGGGACGGCUUGUUUCUGAGGAGGCUCACAGUCCGCCUGAGUCUGAGAAUGGAUCAGAACCAGGUCUGUCCUGAGAACCAGACUCUGGGCCAAAUGCUGCACUAAUGGAAUCCCUGUGUAAAUAAGCUAAACUUUCUACCUAAUUCUGAUGAACUGAGUGCAUCAGGAGGCUGAAUAAAGUGGGUCUGAAGUGUGCAGAAACCUUUGGUCGCUUCUUGUUUCUGCUCCAGAGAAAAGGUGGUUUAAUGUGAUGCUGUUAUAGAAAUGAACUCCAAACCUUCAGGUGAAUAUUGCUUCCCAUGAAAUGCUAGAAAAUAUGUGAAAUUAAAAACAGGCUCAAGGUCCCGGAAAGUUUUUAAAACUGACACCCAUGAAAGCCUUGAAAGUUUUGGGGGGCGGUGUGAUUCUCGUGGUCCUGUCCUGGUUAUGGUUUCCUGUGUGUCGUUAGCAUGUGACCGCAUGGCUGCACAUCUGAGAGACGGUUUAAGGACCCAAAACGCAAACAUCUUGGCUUUUUUCCAGAGACACUGUGGGUUCCUAAGUAGUUUGUUCUUCCUUGGAUUUCCAAAAAUGUUUAAAUCAAUCCACUGGACUUUGUUUCCAAGUUUGAAGACGUUUCUCUUUCAUCCAGGAAGCGUUUUCAAUUCAAAAUGUCAGAAAUAGCGUUUAGUUCCAGGUUUUAUC